CUGGGAGCCGGGUGGGGAGGCGCGGGGCGAGCCGGGGGGUUCCAGACGCGCCUCCACCGCCGCCGGGCCGGAGGCAGGCAUGGCUGAGGGCGUGUGAGCGCCGAGCGCUAAGGGCCGCCGCCACCAUGCCAGGGGGCGCAGGCGCCGCCCGGCUCUGCUUGCUGGCGCUCGCCCUGCAGCUCCUCCGGCCGCUGGCGGCGCGGGAGCCUGGAUGGACAAGAGGAAGUGGGGAAGGCAGCCCCAAGCUGCAGCAUGAACUAAUCAUACCUCAGUGGAAGACUCCAGAAAGCCCCGUGAGAGAAAAGCAUCCACUCAAAGCUGAGCUCAGGGUAAUGGCUGAGGGGCGAGAACUGAUCCUGGACCUGGAGAAGAAUGAGCAACUUUUUGCUCCUUCCUACACAGAAACCCAUUAUACUUCAAGUGGUAACCCUCAAACCACCACACUGAAAUCGGAGGAUCACUGCUUUUACCACGGCACAGUGAGGGAGACAGAGCUGUCCAGCGUCACGCUCAGCACCUGCCGGGGAAUUAGAGGACUGAUUACAGUGAGCAGCAACCUCAGCUACGUCAUCGAGCCCCUCCCUGACAGCGAGGGCCAACACCUUAUUUACAGAUCUGAACAUCUCAAGCCGCCCCCGGGAAACUGUGGGUUCGGGCACUCCAAGCCCAGCACCAGGGACUGGGCUCUUCAGUUUACACAACAGACCAAGAAGCGACCUCGCAGGAUGAAAAGGGAAGAUUUAAACUCCAUGAAGUAUGUGGAGCUUUACCUCGUGGCUGAUUAUGCAGAGUUUCAGAAGAAUCGACGAGACCAGGACGCCACCAAACACAAGCUCAUAGAGAUCGCCAACUAUGUUGAUAAGUUUUACCGAUCCUUGAACAUCCGGAUUGCUCUCGUGGGCUUGGAAGUGUGGACUCACGGGAACAUGUGUGAAGUUUCAGAGAAUCCAUACUCUACCCUCUGGUCCUUUCUCAGUUGGAGGCGCAAGCUGCUUGCCCAGAAGUACCAUGACAACGCCCAAUUAAUCACGGGCAUGUCCUUCCACGGCACCACCAUCGGCCUGGCCCCCCUCAUGGCCAUGUGCUCUGUGUACCAGUCUGGAGGAGUCAACAUGGACCACUCCGAGAAUGCCAUUGGCGUGGCUGCCACCAUGGCCCAUGAGAUGGGCCACAACUUUGGCAUGACUCAUGAUUCUGCGGAUUGCUGCUCGGCCAGUGCGGCUGACGGUGGGUGCAUCAUGGCAGCUGCCACCGGGCACCCCUUUCCCAAAGUGUUCAAUGGAUGCAACAGGAGGGAGCUGGACAGAUAUCUGCAGUCAGGUGGUGGAAUGUGUCUCUCCAACAUGCCAGAUACCAGGACGCUGUAUGGAGGCCGGAGGUGUGGGAAUGGGUACCUGGAAGAUGGGGAAGAGUGUGACUGUGGAGAAGAAGAGGAAUGUAACAACCCCUGCUGCAAUGCCUCUAAUUGCACCCUGAGGCCAGGGGCGGAGUGUGCUCAUGGCUCCUGCUGCCACCAGUGUAAGCUGCUGGCUCCUGGGACCCUGUGCCGUGAGCAGGCCCGGCAGUGUGACCUCCCAGAGUUCUGUACGGGCAAGUCUCCCCACUGCCCCACCAACUUCUACCAGAUGGAUGGUACCCCCUGUGAGGGUGGCCAGGCCUACUGCUACAACGGCAUGUGCCUCACCUACCAGGAGCAGUGUCAGCAGCUAUGGGGACCCGGAGCCCGACCUGCCCCUGACCUGUGCUUCGAGAAGGUGAAUGUGGCAGGAGACACCUUUGGAAACUGUGGAAAGGACAUGAAUGGUGAACACAGGAAGUGCAACACAAGAGAUGCGAAGUGUGGGAAGAUCCAGUGUCAGAGCUCCGAGGCCCGGCCCCUGGAGUCCAACGCGGUGCCCAUCGACACCACUAUCAUCAUGAAUGGGAGGCAUAUCCAGUGCCGGGGCACCCACGUCUACCGAGGUCCUGAGGAGGAGGGUGACAUGCUGGACCCAGGGCUGGUGAUGACCGGAACCAAGUGUGGCUACAACCAUAUAUGCUUCGAGGGGCAGUGCAGGAACACCUCCUUCUUUGAAACUGAAGGCUGUGGGAAGAAGUGCAAUGGCCACGGGGUCUGUAACAACAACCAGAAUUGCCACUGCCUGCCGGGCUGGGCCCCGCCCUUCUGCAACACACCGGGGCACGGGGGCAGCAUUGACAGUGGGCCCAUGCCCCCUGAGAGUGUGGGUCCUGUGGUAGCUGGAGUGUUGGUGGCCAUCUUCGUGCUGGCGGUCCUCAUGCUGAUGUACUACUGCUGCAGACAGAACAACAAACUAGGCCAACUCAAGCCCUCAGCUCUCCCUUCCAAGCUGAGGCAACAGUUCUGUUGUCCCUUCAGGGUGUCUCAGAACAGCGGGACUGGUCAUGCCAACCCAACUUUCAAGCUGCAGACGCCCCAGGGCAAGCGAAAGGUAAUCAACACUCCUGAAAUCCUGCGGAAGCCCUCCCAGCCUCCUCCCCGGCCCCCUCCAGAUUAUCUGCGUGGUGGGUCCCCACCUGCACCACUGCCAGCACACCUGAGCAGGGCUGCCAGGAACUCCCCAGGGCCCGGGUCUCAAAUAGAGAGGAUGGAGUCAUCCAGGAGGCCUCCUCCAAGCCGACCAAUUCCCCCCGCACCAAAUUGCAUCCUUUCCCAGGACUUCUCCAGGCCUCGGCCACCCCAGAAGGCACUCCCGGCGAACCCAGUGCCAGGCCGCAGGAGCCUCCCCAGGCCAGGGGGUGCAUCCCCACUGCGGACUCCUGGUGCUGGCCCUCAGCACUCCCGGCCUUUGGCAGCACCUGCCCCAAAGUUUCCAGAAUACAGAUCACAGAGGGCUGGAGGGAUGAUUAGCUCGAAAAUCUAGACCUGUCCAAGGGGCUUCUCCCUUUCCUUGAGCUCUCUGGACACUGCAGAGGACACAUGGCCAUGGAACCCUGAAGAAGCAUGUCUGGCCGCCGCCUCUGAUCUCCUCCCACCCUCCUCCAGGAAUCUCCACAUCUCCAAAAAUCUCCUUGUUGACUCAGUGCCUCCUCGGCUUCCUUGGAAGCCCAGAGGGACUACGAUCCAAUGGCUUCUAGGUGUUGUUUUGUGCAAUAUACAGCCCCAGGUAGGGAAGGGAGAGUAGAGGAGGAUGAAUGGCAGCUUCUCCUCCAGACUCCUAGCCCCGAGGUGCUGAUGGAGAUGAUCAAGGCUGGCAAGCCCCUCAGGCCAGCUCAUCCAUUCACUCCUGGGGUGUAGGGCACGCAAAAGAACUUCCCAUUGCUUCUGCUCUCCUCAGAGGUCCCGGGCUGGACAGAGGCUGGUACUUACCCACCCCUUUUAGCUUUUAGGGAUUAAGGAAGGGUCAAGCCAGCCACUGCUGUGGCUCUGUCCAGGGCUUGGUUGAGGGAACGGCUUCUGGCUGUAUGGCUGCAUGUGACAAGCCAAGUCCCCUCCCACCUCUCCCCAAACCCCUGCAUCCCCAUAUUCACACGGGUCACUCUGACUCAGACAGGUACUAUUCAUAGGCAGUGUAGACAGCAGGAGGAGCCCGGGCUUGGGCUUCCUCUGAGUCGUGAUGCCAAAGGUUGCGACUCCUGACUCUGGAUAAUUUUUAGUUGCUUUUUGUUUUCUCUGCUGCGCUUUCCUGGUGCCCCAUGUUUUUCUCUCUUCCUUCCCCUCUCAUUCCCCUUCUAAGUGUGGUGCUUUGGUGGGCAAACCCUCAGUAGUCCUGACCUUCUGGUGAACAGGUGCUUGUGACCUGCAAGUCAGAGUCCUCUGUCACAGUCGGCCACUGGAUUUCCCGCAUUGGCUCUCAGGAGUGUGACCAGAGUAGACUUGGGGCAUGGCCAUUGUGGUCAUAUGUUUAUUUUUCAUUGUGUUUUGUGACCUCAGCAGGGUGGGGGUCUUCUUCCUUAACUCUCUGAGCUAAAUCUAGGUGAGGUCCCACUUAGGAAGCCCAGCUAUUUACAAAGUACACAUGAGGGAGCCAGCCUGCCCUAGUGGCUGGUCAUUGACUUCGGGCUGGACCGUUGCCUUCUGAGCAGAGAACAGACCCAUUUCUGGGAGCUGCCUGAGAUCACUGGAGGAGGCAGCCAGCAACAGCUGGGCUGGAACAGUCAGAGCUGGGAGCCUGUUCCUCAACUCAGCUUUUUGUCAUUCACUGCCUUUUGUUCUCUCUCUGGUCACUGCCCUUACCUGACCCUCACAGAAAGAGAGCUCUGAGCAGGUGAGGGCCUCUGCGGUGGCUCCUGUCUUCCCUGCAGCAGGGAGGGAGGGCCAUGUGGUGCUUUGCUAGAUAGGACGGUUUUUGCAAAGCACCUGGAGAUGUUUUCUGGGAGAUUGACUCCCACCCCACAAAGGUGCUGGGUAGCUCUCUGGACAGGAGCUGGCUUGACUCUCACUCCUCUGAGGCUUUUCUGGGGCCUCCUCCUGUCCUGCCAUGAGCAAUUGUUUGCUCUUGAAAACCUCACUGCAAGGCUGAGGCUGAGCUUCUGGUUCACCACUCCAGGGCCUCCUUAUAGUUCUCUGCAUACAAUAGGUGCUUCUUGGAUGUUCUUGGGUUUGGAAAUAAGUGGAAAAUACGGGCUGUACCCCUGGGGGAAAAGCCUGGGUUGGGUUUAGAGAGAUCUCAGGAAAAUGAGUUUCUCUUCCCUCAGGGUGGCUGUGAUACAGGUUCCCCAUCUCCCUGCCAUGGGCCAUCCUUGCUCCGGAGAUCCAUUCCCCACCUUUCCUGUGGCCUGAUUAAGUCAGGAGACAAUCUGCCAGGCCGGGCGCGGUGGCUCAAGCCUGUAAUCCCAGCACUUUGGGAGGCCGAGACGGGCGGAUCACAAGGUCAGGAGAUCGAGACCAUCCUGGUGAACACAGUGAAACCCCGUCUCUACUA